AUGGACACCCUGUUUGGCAGGAAGAAGACCCGGCCUCGCCAGUCGUCGCUUUCGGGCAACGACCUCAGCGACAGGUCGAUUCCCUAUGACAAGGUCAUGGCUUCACCAAGAUCGCCGCUCCCGGUAGCAACGAUAUCCCAGGGCCUUCGUGGAAUCUCAGCACCCAACACAAACCCUCAGCUCACGGCAGAAGGAACAGAAUUCAACAAAUUCACAAUGGCCAGGUCCCGUCUCGAGCGUGAGCGCGCCUACGACAACUACGCCGCUUCUCCCAGCAAACGAAGUACAGAUGCCUCUUUCGAUUCAGACGAUAGUAGAUAUCCCUCCAGCCUACAUACUAGUCGCACACGCAACACCGACGUCUCCUCGUCCUCCCGAUCAUCAGCCGUGGCGGAUUUCGGCCAGUCCUCUUCCCACUCUUCCUACACUCCCGGCACCCCUGGCCGGCCACCCUCAACAAUGACCACUCGCUCCGACGCGAAGCGGAUAUCAGGGUAUGCUGGGUCCGUCGCUGCCUCGGAUUCAGGGUCCCACCGCUUUUAUAAUCGCCACCAUGGCGGCGACAACUUCUAUUUUCCCCGUCCAGAGACAGACGAGGAGAUAGAGGCCAUGUUCGAGAACGUUAAACAUACCCGCAAUCUCGACCAACUCCCCAACAUGUCCAUUGACCAGAAAUGGCACAUGGUGUACAACAAUGAGCAUAUAAAGUGGAAGGAGGAGAAGAUGAGAGAGGAUCAAGCCAGGAAGCAUCACGACGCAGGGCAGGCAGCUCCAAUACUCCAGGACUCUCCGGAAUGGUACAUCAAAAAGUUUCUGGACAAAACUAUAACGGCGAAGCAAGCGACUGGUCUUUCUGUCUCCAUCCGAAGCAAACCCCUUAGUUGGUUUGAACGGUUCCUCGAGAUACAGGGGACUUCGGUCCUCUCCCAGACGCUCAUGCAUCUCAGUCGGAAAGGCAAUGCAAGGCGAGAAGCGGAUAUUGCUCUCGAAUAUGAAGUGGUUAAAUGUCUGAAGGACAUUCUGAACCAGUCGAAAGGCAGCAAAGCCAUCGAACACCAUUCUAUCAUCACUCAAAUUGUAUCAUCCCUCAACACGCCACAUAUCCCAACACGCCGACUAGUCCUCGAAGUCCUCUGUUUCAUCAUUUACCAAUUCGACGGAGACCUUCAACCUCUCGUUUUGUCCGGUCUAGAAACGCUCAGCACAUCCAAUAAUGAAGGCAGCGACCCCUAUAGUUUCUGGUUCAAGUCGAUGGAGCAGUCGCUCACGGGUAGAGGAAAGAUGGGCAGUCUUGUGGGUGCUAGUGAUGAAGUGAAGCGUGCGGGAGGGACAGACAGUUCUCUCAAUGACUAUGCGCUCGCGAACUUGUUGCUCAUCUAUGCCAUCCUUGUGCAUAUUGAUGACUUGGACCUACGGCUUCACCACCGUGCCCAAAUGUAUACUGCUGGUUUGACAGGCAUCCUCGAGCACUGUGCAGCAUUCGGCGUCCCAAACAUCGACACCAACAUCAAGAAGAUUAAUGUCAUUCUUGAAGAGGACGCAAAGAAGCUGCAGGAGAGACUGGACCAGGAGAUCCUGAAGGACUUGACCAACCCAGAGGAUGUCUACAAUGCCAUUUCCGCAAAGACCAAGGGCAGCAAAGCACACGACUACUUCCUGUCGAUGAUGCAACAUUUGUUGUUGAUUCGGGAGGAAGGCCAACCGAUGGUUCAUUACUACCAACUGUUGGAUUCGAUCGUGACGGACGUGGUGCUGGACAAGAAGUUGGCUGGGGCUGAGCAGAGGUUGGGAUAUUCGGUUGAGAGGAUAAUUGCUCAAUUCAAUGAAGCCGAUCGGUAUCAACAGUUGGAGGAUGAAGCGACCGAGGCGCGUGCGAUGGCUAUGAGGUUGAAGCUGGAGAAAGAGGUGUUGGAAGAGGAGUUGGCGCAGGGUCACGACGGUUUGGUGGGGAGCCUUAAAUCCCAGCUAGCGUCCACAGAAGAUAAGCUCAAACAAUCCCGUGAACUCACUGGUCGCCUGCAUAACCAACUCGACUCGCAGAAGGCGUCGUAUGAAGCCAAGAUUGCUCAGCUGGAGGCACAGAUUAUGGAGUUGUUCAAGAUGUUGAAAGAGUUUGGGAAAGGGGUUGAGACUAUUUUGGAUACUGGUGCUAUGGACAGGAGGAGUUUGGUAGAGCAGCUGGAGAGGAACUGGCAGAGGCAUAAGACGAUCAGUAUUUUGGAGGGUAAGGAGGGGAAGAGGAGGAGGAAGGAAUCGCUGAGGAGAAUGGGGAUCGAGGAAGAUGAGACGGAUAACGAGGCUACGCCUGUCAAGGGUGCUGGAGUCUCCAGAGGAAGAGGGGCUGGUGGGUCGAAGAAGUUACCCAAGGUGCCGAAGCACAGUAUCGACGAGGGAGGAAGGACGUCGCAGUUCAUGGACGCAGAUGAUGCGGAUGCACAGGAGCAGAUUCAACAACAACUUGCGGCUGGUGUCAAAUUGUACUCUUCUCCUCAGAUGGGUUCGCUGAGCUCAAGAAGCAUCAGGCACUCUCCCAGACGAACGGAUCGACUCCCCCUCGGAAGCGAGACUUCGAAGGGCAGUCAGCUCCGCGCACCUCGAUUUGACGAUGGCUACUCCGUGGAUAGUCGAUCUUCGUCACCCGGAAUUGACGGUGACAGCGAGUUUGGCCAAUCUAUGCGGAGCGGAACGGACGAUACCGCUCUGACCUCCGUCAGCUCCCAAGGAUCUAUGGACUCUUCGCGGGGCAAUGUCGCUGGUAUCGGUAGUGGUGGUGGAAUCGGUGGUGGCAGUGGUGGCAGCGGUGGUGGUGGUGGUAGUGGCGGUUCGCGAAUGAAUGGUGCCGCCAAUCCUUUCGCGGAAGCUUUGAGCAAGCAUAUGUUGGCGAAAGGGCAAAUCAUGGCUGGAAGCGACAGUCCUGCGUCCAUGCUGGCGCCACUACCCGAAGAGGGGUCGGAUGGUGGCAGCGGCAAUGGAGGUCCUGGCGGUUACGGUGGUCCUGGUGGGCCCGGUGGGAUGGUCAAUGGCUUCGGUGGUGAUGCGCCUCCACCUCCACCUCCACCACCCCCGCCACCGCCGCCACCGCCUCCUGGCACGCCAGGUAUGGCCCCGAUUGGAUUCACCUCUCUCUCACCUCCACCACCUCCACCCCCUCCGCCCCCGCCUCCGCCCCCUGGGAUGGGGGGAUUCCCUCAUUUUUCCACCAACUUUCCUCCCCCACCACCACCACCUGGCUUCAAAGGUGGUAUCCCCGCUCCUCCCCCUCCCCCUCCUCCUCCUGGUGCCUUCGGCUCUCUACCCACCUCUACCGCCAGCUCUGCGCGCAACUCUCUCCUCGGUGCUAGCCUCAACAAUCUAUGGAAUGCUCGUAAAGAGAUGCCCAUCACACCUAGUACGAAGAUGAAGCAACUGCAAUGGGACAAACUUCCUCAACAGCAGGUUACGAAGACAUUCUGGAAGAACGAGCAGCCGCAGCAGGAGAGUUUAAUCAUCCAGAAGCUACAGAAGGAUGGCGUAUGGCUACAGAUGGAAGAGGACUUCAAGGCGAAGCAGCUUGUUAUCAAUCUUAUGGCUCGUCAGAGGCGUGCUGAACUCAAGAGUGUUCUCGAUCCGCAGACGAAGAAGCGUGUCGAAAUCUUGAUUCAGGGCGUGAAGAGGCUAGAGCCGGAAGAGAUCGCCUUUAAGAUCCAGCAGUUCGACCAAGACUUGUGUACGCAAGGCUUCCUCAGUGAACUGAAACCAAUUGGUAAACUGAAUGUCUACCGCAACUCUGAUGCUGAAGAGCUGGCUGGCUUGCAUCCCUCGGACAGGCUGAUGGUCAAGCUGAUUCAGAUUGAACGACUCGGACCUCGCAUCGAGGGUAUGCUUUACCGUGUGACCUUCGACGAGACUUGGUCACUGCUGGACGAGGGUGCUAAGAAGCUUUCGGAGGCUGGCAAGGCCCUUCUGGAGGCCAAGCGCUUCAAGGAACUCAUGAGUUUGAUUCUCCUCAUCGGUAAUUACAUGAACGGUACCGGUAUCAAAGGAGGUGCAUUCGGUUUCCGUGUCAGCAGUAUCAACAAGUUGGUAGAUACAAAAUCUGUCAACAACACGACACUUCUGCACUUCUUGGAGAAAACUGUGUCCAAACACUUCCCAGAGAUGGAAGAGUUUUUGGAUGAACUUGAGAAGCCCGCUGAAGCUUAUCGGGUCAACCUCCAGGAUCUCCGUAAAGGUCUCGCAGAGCUCCGCGAUGGUCUUAAGACCAUCCGUACAGAAUUGACUGAGCACUUUGCUGAUCCACUUGACACGGACAAGUAUGGCACGCAGAUGUGGAGUUUCCUUUCGAAAGCAAGUCGGCAGGUGGACGACCUCAUCGAAGAUAUCAAUAAUGCCGAUACGACGUUCACGGAGGCGGUCAGCUAUUAUGGAGAAGACGACAGGAACAUGACCUCUUCCGAGUUUUAUGGCAUCUUCAAGACCUUCCUCACUUCUUAUAGGAAAUGCAAAGCCGACAAUUUGGCUUUCAUGGAACAAAAGAACGCGCUGGAGAAGAGGAAACAGAUGAUGGAAGAAGCGAAGCAGAACCGGCAGAAGAUUGUGGAGGUGAACGAGGCGGAGGGUGCAAUUAUGGAUGCUCUGCUGGAGAAGCUGCGCAAUGGCGAUACAGUACGACGACGACACAAGCGUACGCCAGGGGAGAAACCUGCGGGCCUAACGUUGACGAACGAUCCGUCAGCGCAUCCGGGCAACGAGACGGCUGUGAUGGCGUUGGAUAUGUUGGCAAGGUUGCAGUCGGAUGGGUUUAUUGUUCCGCCUACGCCUACGACGAAUACGUUGAAUCAGAAGAGGAGAAGGAGGAGGACGGAGAGGAGCCAGAGUGGGCCUGCCUCGCCGUUGCCGUCCUCGCCUUUGGCGGUGGAGGUUUCGGAAAGUUUUUAUGAGGGCGGGGACUCGAUGGCGGGGGAUGGGGAUGUGACGGUAUCGAUGGAGACGAGUCGGGGAUACGCCGAUUCGAGGGCGAGCAGUUACGGGUAUGACAUGGAUGACUCUGGGCGGACAGAGUCUCCUGGGCCCUCUGCCUGA